CCUCAUUGUGACCCCCACUGAAUGCCGAGCGGACCAUGAUCUUGCCUCCCUAGUCUUCGUGGGUCUGGUCGGUUGGUCUGGUCGGGUCUGGUGGUCUCCUAGACUAUACCGAACCCCUCCACAACCACCCACCCCAAAGAUAAUAGAAAUAUAUAUUACAUAGAGAUAUAUAGAUGCAUAUAUACGAACAUCAACAGAAGAAGGAAUUAGGAGAGAGCGAUAAGGUCCGGCAGCUGACAAUGGAGGGCCUCCAUACCAAACCCAGCUUCUUCCUCUUCUCCCUCUUCUUCCUGGCCUCUGCUGCCCUGUCCGGCGCCAAUGUCGCGGAGCUUGACGACCACUGGCAGAAGAAGGCGGAAGAGGCGUUCGCUAGAUCCCGCGCCGCUUACCACCCCGACCCCGAGGGCGUCACCAACCACUUCAAUCAGGCCGUUCACUUGGCCCUGGCGCAGGCGCGCAACAGCACUCGGAGAGGCCUGAAAGCCGUCCGUGCAGACAAGUUCCGGCAGGGGCAGUGCGUGGCCAGCAACCCGAUCGACCGGUGCUGGAGGUGCCAGAAGGACUGGAUCAAAGACCGCAAGAAGCUGGCGUCGUGUGGGAAGGGGUUCGGUCGCAACGCCGUGGGUGGCAGGGACGGGGACUUCUACGUGGUGACCGAUCCUUCCGACAACGACCUGGUGAACCCCAAGUACGGGACGCUCCGGUGGGGCGUCAUCCAGGACCGGCCCCUCUGGAUCAUCUUCGCUCGCGACAUGAUCAUCAGGCUCUCCGAGGAGCUCAUCAUCAACAGCAACAAGACCAUCGACGCCCGCGGGGCCAACGUCCACAUCGCCUUCGGCGCCCAGAUAAGCAUCCAGUUCGUGCAAAACGUCAUCAUCCACGGCCUCCACAUCCAUGACAUCAAACCCGGCAACGGCGGCAUGAUCAGGGACUCCCUCCGGCACUACGGCUUCAGGACCAAGAGCGAUGGCGAUGGCAUCUCCAUCUACGGCUCCAGCGACAUCUGGAUCGACCACUGCUCCAUGAGGAACUGUGCUGACGGCCUCAUCGAUGCCAUCGAGGCAUCCACUGCCAUCACCAUUUCCAACUGCCACUUCGCCCGCCACAACGACGUGCUGCUGUUCGGUGCCAGCGAUUCGAACGAGAGGGACUCGAUAAUGCAGGUCACUGUUGCCUUCAACCACUUCGGGAAAGGCCUUGUGCAGAGGAUGCCGAGGUGCCGCUGGGGCUUCUUCCACGUCGUCAACAAUGACUACACCCACUGGAUGAUGUAUGCCAUCGGUGGUAGCCAGCACCCUACCAUCAUCAGCCAAGGAAACCGGUUCCUUGCUCCCCCUAUGAGAUUCGCCAAGGAGAUCACCAAGAGGGAUUACGCGACCGAAGAUGUCUGGAAGCACUGGACAUGGAGAUCUGAGGGUGACUUGAUGCAGAACGGAGCCUUCUUCCGCGAGUCUGGUGCUCCAGCCAAAAACAAUUUCGAUAAGAAGGACUUCAUCAAGGCGAAACCAGGGACAUGGGUGAAAAGGCUCACACGCUACGCCGGUCCGCUCGGCUGCAGAGCCGGCCGUGCAUGCUAAUUAAAAAUGCCUCCUAGCUCCCAUAUCUCGAUGGAGGGAGGGAUGGAUGGAGGGCGAAGGGCCGUGUCCUCGCCACACCGGAGAGAGGACGAGAGAAAAAGAGAGAAGGCAUGUGUCCAAGUGAAAGACCGAGAGGAGUUUAAAAAAAAUUCUACUGUGCAUGCAAUCGUUGUUUGAGAUUUCAUCGAUCAUUUUAUGGCGUAUUUAUUUAUUAGUAUUAUUUUCUUUUUCAUUUUUGUUUUAGGCUUCCCAUUUCCUGCAGAGCUAUUCUUCAAUGAAAUCACAAAUGAGUCGAUUGUAGUUA